AUGGAAACGCAUAUUCUUAUUUUUCUGUGGUCAAUCUUGGGAGCGCGUGCCUAUAAUGUGCAAAAUGGCACAUCAGCGACAAAACAGCGUUUUCCAGAAGAUUUCUUAUUUGGAGUAGCUACGUCUGCUUACCAGAUAGAGGGGGCAUGGAACAUUGACGGUAAAGGUUGGUCAAUGUGGGAUUUUUUAGUUCGAAAUGACCCAGAUGCUAUCAUGGACAAGAGUAAUGGGGACGUUGCUGCAAACUCAUAUGAGUUGUACGAGCGAGACGUGGAAAUGCUUACUGAAUUAGGCGUUAACACUUAUAGGUUCUCUAUUUCAUGGCCUCGAAUACUUCCUAAUGGUCGCGCUGACUAUGUAAACCCUUUAGGUGUAGCCUAUUACAAUGAUUUAAUUGAUAGACUAUUAGAAAACGGUAUAACGCCUUUUGUUACGAUGUAUCAUUGGGAUUUGCCACAAAAUUUAAGCGAGCAAGGUGGUUGGAUGAAUGAAGAUAUAGUUGAUUGGUUUGGUGAUUACGCCAGGGUUCUGUUCGAAAAUUUUGGCGACAGAGUGAAACAUUGGCUAACAAUCAACGAACCCUAUAUUCAUUGUAAAUUGAGUUAUGACAAUGGAAUGCAUGCACCAAGAAUACGCUCACCUGGUAAAGCGUUUUACGACUGUGGCCGUAAUAUACUCUUGGCAAAUGCAAGAGCCUUUCACAUUUACAAGAAAGAGUUCAAAAACAUACAAGACGGAAAAAUUGGUCUAGUCUUCAGCAUGGAUUGGCCUGUACCAGAUACUAACACUAGUGAAAAUUUGGAUGCUAUUGCUAGCUACUUCGCUUUUAACUUGGGACAAUAUGCAGAUCCAAUAUUUACAGAAGAAGGUGACUACCCUCAACUUUUAGUUGACAGAGUAGCCCAAACAAGUUUUAAUCAAGGAUAUAACGAAUCCCGACUGCGUAGUCUUACUCAAGAAGAAGUUAACUACAUAAAAGGAACAUCGGAUUUCUUCGCACUUAAUCACUAUAGCAAUACAUUUGUAUAUCGAAAUGAUUCAUUAAAAGGAAUGUUUGAAGUUCCAUCCGUUGACGAGGACGCAUAUUAUAUGAGUUACUAUGUCAAACCCUCAAAUUUUAAACCUUGUCGUAUGGAAUUAUCG